UCCCAAUCUCCAUUCGAUUCCUCUCUGUAGUCUGUCCACUUAAGUCGCCGUUGGUCGUGUUUUUCCAUCCUUCACCGGCUCUUGCUCAUCGGCCAUUUCGUGCGAUCUGGCCUGUUUUCCUCUUGGUCAAGGUGCUUUUUCUCUCCCCUGUUUUGUACUUGCCUAUUUCCUCUUGAAUGAAUAGAAUACUGAAUCUAAACACUCUGUUGGCUAAAUUCUUCGCGAACUGAAUUGUAUCGCCGGCCUAUUCUUCUUCUGCCAACUAAACAAUAUCUGCUUAAAUGUGCGCAAAUUCUGUGUUCGCUGAAAUAAUUGUUGGGUUUCAAUGUUUUGCGAAAUUUACCUUGAUACUUCCUGCGCCCUUAGUUGUCAUGAGCAUCGGCAGUGGAUAAUUGAUUGGUUUUGUUGGCUGGUUUGCAAAUUUUGGGCCGGCGUGUAAUAACACGAAAUAUAUAUCAACAGUGACAUCCCUUUGCAAAGAUGGCUGGACUCUUAGGAUUCGGAAGCCUUGCUCCCAAGACCAAGAAUGUGGUAGUUGCUGGCGGGUUGUCGGCGUUUGUGUUUGGGGUGUAUUUCUACACCAUGAGAGCUGUUGGAGGAACGGAUGAACUUCAGGUGGCUAUAGACAAGUUUGAAGACCUGAAGAAAAAGCAAGAUGCUUAAAGGAGUUUGGCAAACUUAUGGGUUUUGCUGUAAUCUCGUAGGGUCUUGCUUAGCGGGUCGUUUCUUGUUUAAUUUUACAUUCUCAAGUUUGUGGGUGAGUAUGAAAAUGGAAGGGAAGGAACGUUUUCUCUUGUUUUAGUUAUUACUGAGACUGAGAUUAAACUAUUUCUGGCAGUAAGCUGGUUAUGGGAGUCUAUUGUCUAAUCACUAAUGUUUAGAGUGAUGCAGUUCUGAAUAAAUAACAGCAAAAAACAUUUGGGUAUAUCUCAUGUCUCGCUUCUAUAGUUUGAAUUUGGUUACUUCUCCAUUGUGAGGCACUACUUAUUGCAGCAGGAUGAGGUUAAAGAUUUGUUGGCUUCUUGAGUUUGAAAGUGAAGAUCAUGAGCCUGCUAAUUUAAAACUCUGGUUGUGGAAAUGUCUCAUAUCUAAAUCUCAUUGGUUGGUGCUUUGGCAAAGAAUUUAAGUUUCCAUAACAGCGUGUCGACUUGCUUCCUAGCUACAAAUGUGUUGCUGCUUUCAAUUGACAUGAUAUGGAAAUUUUUUGAAUUCUAAGAAUCUCGUCUAGUGUUAGUUGAUUUUGAUUUAGUGCUGCAAGUCAUUCUCCAUAGCACUCUCUCAGUUACAGAUUUUAUCAAUUUUUCUUUUUGUGUUGCUUGUGGAGAUGCCUAAUCAUGUCCAGUAUUGCUUCUAAUUGAUUGGACUUAUCUAAAUGUGAUGGUUCCACCAUUGAUGAUCUCUCUCUUGUGAAAUAUUAUUUGAACUGUAGAUAAUUCUUCCAUGUUGGCUACACGUUUGGUGUAUUGGAAAUGCAGAAUAAAUUGGAUUAGUUUUGCUUGUGUAAUCCUGAAAAUUCUUCUUGUUCCUGCUCCCUUCUCUUGCUUGGGCCCACUCUUUAUAGUGGAGGGUGUUAAAGCGAGAAAAGGAAAAACUGCUUUUAUUUGUGCAGGUGUUGCAAAUGGCGUUUCUGGUGAUUGUUGUUUCACUAAUUGUAGCGUGGAUAGCUUCAUUGUGCAAGAUUCUCCUCACUGCAAGUUUGUACUCGAAGAACACUUUUCUGAGUGAAGUAUCGGGUGGUGCACCUCACAGGCGAAAUGUUCUGCUUGUUGUUGCUCACCCUGAUGAUGAGUCCAUGUUCUUUUCUCCGACGAUAAACUAUCUGAUUUCAAGGGGUCACAAUGUUCACUUGUUGUGCUUGUCAAUAGGCAAUGCAGAUGGGAUGGGGAGCACUAGAAAGGAUGAACUUUACCAAGCUUGUUUAGUCCUCAAGGUACAACCUCAGCAAGUGAAGAUAUUGGACCAUCCAGAUUUGCAGGAUGGUUUUGGACUGGUCUGGGACCGUGGCUUAUUGUCAAAAACCAUAAAGGAGGAGGUGGUUAGUCGCCAUAUUGACACGGUCCUUACCUUUGACAACUAUGGGGUAUCUGGCCACUGUAAUCACCGCGACGUGCAUUAUGGUGUACGCAAGCUGUUGGAAGAUACCCCAGAAAGACGUAUAGAGGCUUGGGAACUUGUCAGUAACAACUUAUUGCGCAAGUAUAUCGGACCAGUUGAUAUCUGGCUGUCCAUGUUGCUCGCCACGAAAUCCGGCAGCAGGGUGGCGUACUGUUUGUUGAAUGAGCAACCACUGAAGACCUACGGUGCAAUGGCUGCACAUUCAAGCCAAUGGGUCUGGUUUCGCAAGCUCUUUGUGUCGUUCUCCAGCUACACUUACGUGAACACCCUUCGAAGGAUCGACUAGUCGUAGUAGCAGAGAGCCGAAGAUCGUUGUAUGGACGGAGGUGAUCGACAAUCAGGUUGGAGUUGUGGGUCGUUUCUGUUUGUUUGUCAUCGAUAGAUAAAAUGCCCACGUAGAUAAGAAGAUAGAGUAAGCUAUCCGAAAUUCGUUACGUUUUAUGUCAGGAAACCAUUGGUUUGGAAUUUAAGUGUUUGUUGCGUUGGAAGAGAAGAACACGCGGUGUCCUGAAUUGUGAGGUAGGUUUGGCGAUAACGACUUCUUUUGCUUUGGUCUGGCCAACAGGGGGCUUCUUCCUUCGUAAGCAAACCAAACGCUGCCUUAAGAAAAAUACAUGGAGGGGAACUUAGCUAACCUAUAUUCACAUUACGUGCAAUACAAUGUGUUUCUUCUAAUUAAUGGUUUCUUUGUAGCUAGUAUUUGCUCUUAAAUUAUCACUAGAUUAAGCUCUCGAGAUAUCAAGUAUCGUUGGGUGUAAAAUAGAAAUACUAGUGGUGUUGAUUGGAUGGGUAUUUCAAUUUCAAAUCGUCAUAUCCGCUUAUAUCAAUUAGGGUAAAUCAGUCAAGAUGCGAGUUAGAGAAGCCAACUGAAUGAUCAUUUUAACAUGUGAAAGUUAGGCUCGUGCUUAGCUACCUGGCCUUUGGUUAAGAUUGAAAAUAUUACUUUUAAGAAGUGAAACAUGAAAAACUAUGUGCGGUUAUAUAGUGAGAAAGUAGUUUUCGUACUAAAAAAAAAGCAUGUGACAAAGUCAAGGAGGAUCGAGCAAGAUUAAAGAAAGACUGAUGGACGUGCCAAUGGAUUGAAUCUGCUUUCUUUAGGUUAUGUCAUGAUCAAGCGAGCAAAUCACAUUGUGAAUCAUGGCUAACAUUAGAUUGAAACUCUAAACUUAAAAUUCGAUUUUAUUUGAAUAACUUUUCAAUGGAAAGUUCGGUUUAGAACUCAUAGCUAACAUUACUGUUAUCUCAUUCCGUUACAUUUUAUUUACUAUCACAUCAUUUAUCGAUCGAUAUUAGAUGAAUCGGCAUCUGGAUUUGAUAUUACCAAGGAUUAAUUAACCUCGAGUCCUUGACGACCAAUUCCAAGCUACGUUCACGCGGCUGCCUGCCGGCGAUACCCAUCUUUCUUGGAGCAACGUCUUUGUUCGUGGGACGGGACCGUAAACAAUACUGUGAACGGGUCUCUCCUCGCCGGCCGGCCGUGUAUUUUACUUUUUCAUUUGGCGGCUCUCGAGAGACCGGGAUGCUUCCCUGCUAGCGAUAAAGACCGACGAAUAUAUUCUUGUCCCACGAGGCUCGCCAACUGUUAGAUUCUCAUGGCUCAUGGGGGUUUCUUCAGGCGGCUAAACUUUGCAAAACCUUGCUUUCUGUAAGGUUUUAAAACUUACAUAAAUUAAUCUCAUUCUCUCUUCAUUUUCAUAUAAGAAUUUCAUUUUCCUUUUUAUUUAUCAAGAAACAAUCGAAUAUUAUCGAAUCCGAACCCUAAAACGUAGUGAUCCGAAACAAUGUUGUUCAAGAUAAAGCCAUAAUACGAUAACAAAGGUAAACGCAUCAACCCUCCUUGCCGAUCCUAUGUCGUAGACUUAAAAAUCUCGUUGAUAAUUCUUUCUUUUUUUUUACCAUGAAUGGUUAAAAUGACAUAAGCUGGUCUAACUAAUAAUUAUCAACUACUAGUCGUCUAUCUAUUACCCUUCUGGCUGAGAGUUUAGUCGAAAAUAUGCUAUUGACAAACUUACUAUUUUCGAUCAUAUGACAUUGUAGGAAGAGAGAUCCACUUAUGAAUCUUAAUCGGCUCGUAAUAUUGUAAAUCAUAAAGAUUGAAAGUCAGU